UGGGACGGGGACGUGCAACAAUCACUUUGAAGGUUUUCCCUUGCGUCUCGUCUCCCUACCCGUUCCCUUUUUUCCCCAUCGUUCACUCAAAUACCGGUUGCGGUUCCCUUCGCCCCUACCUUUAGUAACGGUUUCUCUUCUCUCCUUCUCUCUCUCUCUCUCUUCUUUUUCUUUCUUUUUUACUUAGUCCUCCGGAUUAUGCCUUGCUUCUUGCAACGAUAGCAUGGCAGCAGAUGACCGCAGCCCGGAGGUUAAGGCGGUUGCGGCCGUCUUUAUGUCCGUGGCCUGCAUUGCGGUGAUACUGCGAUGCUAUGUGCGCGGAUGGAUUGUUCGAGCGUUUGGGAUUGAUGAUUGGGCGAUGGUGGUUGCGAUGUUGUUUUACUGCAUGUUCUCCGGAUGUAUGAUAGGAGGAGCCAUCUACGGCACUGGUCGACAUUUCAGUGUCCUGGAUGCGCACCAGCGGGUGACAGCCAUGAAGUACUGGUGGUUCUGCGAAAUCGCAUACUGUUUCUCCGCCAUGGGCUGCAAGAUUUCCGUGUGCAUCUUCUUGCUGCGCAUCACCGUGAAGCGCAUGCAUAUAUGGAUCCUGCGCAUUGUGAUGGUGUUGACCGUCGUCGCCGCCCUGGUCUUCAUGUUCCUGAUGCUGCUGCAGUGCAGGCCUGUCUCCUAUUUCUGGACGCGCAAGGCAUUCGACGACAGCAUUCAUGGGGUCUGCAUUAAUAUGGAGAUCAUCAUCGCCAUGACCUACGUGUACAGCGCGUUUGCGGCGCUGUGCGAUUUCACCGUGGGUAUCUUGCCGUUUUUCAUUGUCAAGAACCUGCACAUGCGGAAGCAGACCAAGAUGGCGGUUGUGGGCAUUCUGGGCAUGGCUUGCAUUGCCUCAUCCGCGACGAUCAUCCGCAUUCCCUGGGUGCACACCUUCAAUGACCCGGACUUUCUCUAUGCCACCGUCGAAAUCGCACUCUGGUCCAACAUCGAAACCGGCCUCGGAAUCACGGCCGGUAGUCUCGCGACCCUCCGCCCCCUCGUCCGCCACUGGCUGGGCUCCCACUCCGACCCCAACUACUACGACCGCUCGCCCUUCGGCGGCCCCUCCGGAUCGCGUCGCAUCGGCGGCGGCGCCAGCAACAACCCCCACCACCACCACGCCCGAUCCCACGAACGCCCCAUGCCGCUGGGGUCGCUCGACGGAGCCGCCGUGCAGGGGCGCCUGCGCCCGGACAAGCUGGCGGUGACGGUG